CCUCGGAAUAGCUUGCUCCGCUCAUCAGUGCAGUGGACAGGUGAAUGGGAAGGACCUCUCCAAGGGCAGUCAUGAUGAGUCCGCGGAGAUGUUCCACUCUGCCAAGGACCCCAUCGUGGUCCAGGUAUGGCCCUCACCAUAGAGUGUGUGCAGGAGCAGGCUGAAGAAGCAGAGUGUGGGGAAGUAGGCUCAGGAAAAAGGCUGGGGAAGCAAGCCGGGGAAGCAGGCUCAGGAAACAGACUGAGGAAGCAGGCUGUGGAAAUGGGAUCAAGAAACAGGCUGAGAAAGCAGGCUUGGGAAGCAGGCUCAGAAAAUUGACUGAGGAAGCAGGCUGCAGAAGUAGGAUCAAGAAACAGGCUGAGGAAGCAGGCUCGGGAAACAGGCCAGGGAAGCAGGCUCAGGAAAAAGGCCAGGGAAGCAGGCUCAGGAAAAAGGCUGGGAAAGCAGGCUCAGGAAAAAGGUAGGGGAAGCAGACUCAGGAAAAAGGCUGGGAAAGCAGGCUCAGGAAAAAUGUAGGGGAAGCAGGCUCAGGAAAAAGGUAGGGGAAGCAGACUCAGGAAAAAGGCUGGGAAAGCAGGGUCAGGAAAAAGGUAGGGGAAGCAGGCUCAGGAAACGGGCUAAGGAAGCAGGCUCGGGAAACAGGUUCCAUCAAAAACCAAAACUAGAAUUUCUUACAACUCACCAAAUCAGUACAAGAGCUCAUUGGACAGAAAAUUUGUCAUCUUUGUUACUGAUAUAUAUGAUUAAUUAUAGAAAAAUAUGGAUCAUCAUGUGCGAAAAAACUGUUCUUAGCUAUUUUAGCUAUUGGCUAUUUAAAAUUUAUAUGUUGGCUUAUGAGGGCAUGAAUUACAAAUUGAAAUGUGUUUUGUCAGACAUAAGUACCCGUGUGUCAAGAUGCAUAUUAACCCUUUCAUUUUUGAUAGGCUUGAGAAAGCGAAAUAUUGGCGCAUUUUACUGAUUUUGCUUUUUAGCCUUUAUCUCUUUAACAAAAACCGUAAAAUUUGUGUUUUCCAUUUCAUAUUGGGGAGAGUUAAAGUGCAGGAUGACAUUUAUUGUGACAGUGUUAUCAUCUUAAUGACUCCUUUUGCUCAAACCUCUCCAUCAAAUGAUUUUGCAAAUUUAUUCAUUGGCCGUGGAAUGUUCUCUGCUAAUUAAGUACGGGAUCUAAUGAGUUUUCAUUGAAAUUUUGGGCCUAAUGUCAUCACAAAUGUAUAUGGGUCUUAUUUUGCAGAUGUUAUAUGCUCUUAUUUUUUGCAAUACUGCUUUGUGUUUUAAUUUUUGUUUUUAUCAUGCAUGAAUUUAUCCUGAAUCUUCUGCCGAGAUUCUCUUCCAGGAGGUCUCUCGAGGUGUUUUCUUCUGAGAUCAAAAACCUUUGUUUGAUGGUAUGGAGAUAACUUCUCUUUCUAGCUGUCGAACAUGCUGGAGAAUUCCCCUCUGGAUGAUAAAUUUAUAAAAAGGAGAUGAGAUUAAAUAACAAGCUAACAGCGUGUGUGAGGCUGGAGUAAUUAAUUAGAACAAAGGCUUUUCUCAGACACUCUGUUUUGAAGCAGCCGGCUUUACGGGGACUUUACUUUUGUUUCUUCUCCAUGAAGACCGAGGAGCGUAAGGCAAACUCGCUUUUUGUGUGCAUCUUCACUGGUUCAAAUCUCAGACAAUGAAGCUGCUGUACCCUUGUGAAAAGGACUUUCCACUUGGCGUCCAUAAAUUUGUAAGAUACCUGAGUGGCUUUUGAAGAAAAAAAGGACAAAAUAAAUCAAGUGCGAGAUAAUGUGCUGUGUUCCAUUGUCCGUCACAGCUGCCAUUCCCUUCACACAAUGGACCGCGAGUGCUACGGCGGCUCAGACUACCUCUCCAACGUGGUGCCCGAUGGGGACAGAGCGGAGGAAUUUGAGUAUGAGGAAGUGGAGCUCUGCCGGCUGAACAGCCAGGAGAAGCUGGGCUUGACGCUCUGUUAUAGGACCGAUGACGAGGACGAUGUGGCCAUCUACGUUAGCGAGGUGGGGCCGAACAGCAUCGCCGCCAAGGACGGCCGCAUCAGAGAGGGGGACCGCAUUGUACAGAUAAACGGGCGUGACGUGCAGGACCGGGAGGAGGCCGUGGCUGCGCUCUCCAGUGAGGAUUUCAGGAGUCUCAUCCUGCUGGUUGCCAGGCCAGACGUGCAGAUGGAGGAGGUCUGGCUGGAUGAUGAACACAGUGACCUUCUAGAGGAGCUCAAGAGGGAGAUGCUGGAGGAGGAGCAGCACAUGGCGGAGCAGUCCAAGAGUUUGGAGGAAGACGACAUCACUACAGAUGUUGCAACAUGCUCAUCCAACAACCAGGACAGUGGGAUGGGUCGUUCAGACAAGAGUAUGCAGUACAAGGGGUGUUCCAAGCCAGCAAUCUUAGCCCAAGUCCAUAAGAAAUUGGCUCAGUGUGUGCAGGACAAGCAGGAUCAGCUCUGGUCCAAUCCUCGGCCACAGUGUGUCCAGACCCUUGUGUCAGGAGCACACCUGAACUCGCUCUGCCCUGAGGUACCAGAGGAGAACGAUGAGGAUGAGGAAGAUGAGGAAACAGAAUGCGAUCACUUUCAGCAGCUCCUGGAGCUUAAGUGCCACAUCCGGAACAGUGGCGAGUACGGCCUGUACUACAGCCGGCACAGCACCAUUGAGUGCAGCCUAUCCGAGCAAGACGGCGUGGGCCGGGAGCUACAGCUCCUCAACGAAGAGCUGAGGAGCAUUGAGCUGGAGUGCCAGAACAUCAUGCAGGCUCACCAGCUCCGCAAGGUCCGGGACCCAAACCAUGACUGGGCUUCCCGGAGCCAAGGAUGCACCAACCUGCCAAGAGGCAAAUUGGCUGACAUCAACGAGCACCCAGAGAAGUCAGACAAAGACAGCUCGAGUGCCUACAAUACAGCAGAAAGCUGCCGCAGUACACCCCUGCUCAUGGACCGCUCUCCUGACCAUGUGUGGCACUCAGUCGACCGCUCACCGGACCACUCCCUCCAGAGGCGAGUCCGGAUCACCAACCAGAAGAACCUCAGCAGGACUCGUGCUGCCUGCCAUAGCCAGCCAGCUGCCGGCCCAGCAGCUACCAGCAGUCCAGAACCGAGCAACCCCUCAGAGUCUGACCAGCCGCUACCAGCAGAUGACGAGGGCUGCGGGCAGGAUGAGGCCCAGGUAGCUCCAGAUUCCCAUCUGUCACCAUACCACAGCUCCCAGCACCGGCACACGAAUAUCCCAGCCCAUGCCCAGCACUACCAGAGCUACAUGCACCUGGUCCAGCAGCGUUCGGCUGUUGAGUACGCGCAGAGCCAGCUGAGCCUGGUGGCCGUGGAGCCCAAGAUGGAGUGGAAGGUGAAGGUGCGGAGCGACGGCACUCGGUACAUCACCAAGAGGCCGGCACGGGACCGAAUCCUGCGUGAGCGGGCGCUGAAGAUCCGCGAGGAGCGCAGCGGCAUGACCACGGACGACGACGCUGCCAGCGAGCUCAAGCUGGGCCGCUACUGGAGUAAGGAGGAGCGCAAGCAGCAGUUGGCCCGGGCACGGGAGCAGCGGCGGCGCCGGGAGUUCAUGCAGCGCAGCCGGCUGGAGUGCCUGCGGGAGGCACCACUAGGCGCGGCCGAGCCCCGGCACGAGGUCAGCAUCAUCGAGCUUAGCCACAAGAAGAUGAUGAAGCGGCGUAACAAGAAGAUCCUGGACAACUGGAUGACCAUCCAGGAGCUGAUGACGCAUGGGGCCAAGGCUCCGGAUGGGGCGAAGGUGCAUAACGCCUUCCUGUCCGUCACCACUGUGUGAGACGCACUCUGCCACACGCGGUGUUAAUUACUUGCCUCGUUCAAUGUGGCAUUUUUAUGAGGAAAAAGAUAUUUUAACAAUUUGUAACCCAGGUAACAUUUUAUAAACAAAAUUUUUUAACUGGCAUUCAUAGGUUUUAAUUUUAUUUUCUUGUUAGCCAUCUCCUUGUUUUCCUUUUCUUUGGCCUUAUAAAUGCUUUUGUGCAAAGUAAAAUAAAAACAAAACUGUGAUUUUUGUUGUUUACUCUGCUUAUCACCUGACUUACAGCAGUAUUGCUGCAGAAUCCCAAAGUGUUAGUCUGGCUCUUUUCUACCCUGGUUUUAACUGUGGUGCCAAAAAGUCUUUUAAAGGGAUACUCUGUACCCAGAACAUCUUUUAAAGGGAUACUCUGUACCCAGAACGUCUAACAACUGUUGUCUUAUAUUCAGUUUCACAUUCACAAUUAUGAGUUUUUCAAUAUUUUUAUGAACAGAAGACUGAAGCUUUUUUUAAAAGCUUUUCCUACCAUCUAUAUAAAUAUAUUGCUAUUGAUUGUAUGCUUGUAUGUAUUGUACAGUAAUUAUUCUCAUAAAUUUUAACUACCGUUGAGGGUUGUGGGAUUUGGUUUUUUAUUAUUUCUUGGUUAAUAAUGCCAAACAGUAUAUUGCAUUGCAUUUUAUUGCAGUUUAGCAGUGAAAUGCUACUGGUACACAAUGUCUUCUCAAGAUUUGGGGAUAUGCAGGUUCAUACUCUUUUGCAAAAGUUUUUUAUUAAUAUAUUGCAGACUAAAACUUGUAAAUGUGUCUGUUCCAAGUCAAUUGUCAAUGGUCUUUGAAAUUAUAUGUAGUUGGCAAAAUUAUAGCCAGUAAAUGUGUCGUUGUGAUAAAAAAAGAAUCAUUUGUGAAUCAAAAAUAUUAAUAA